GAUCUCAUUCCGCUACAGCUGGUGGCUGAGCAUUUCUGCCUGGGAUGGCGGAGGAUCAGGAGCUGACUCAGCCACACAAAGCUCAACUCGAGCCCUCCCUUCAGCAGCGCACCAGCAACACAUACCGCAGUGCAGAGCACUCCCAGGCCUUGCUCAGUGGCUUGGUAUCUCUGCGAGACAGCAGCAUCCUCUUCGAUGUAGUUCUGGUAGUGGAAGAGAAACCUAUUGAGGCUCAUCGCAUACUUCUAGCUGCAUCCUGUGACUAUUUCAGAGGAAUGUUUGCAGGAGGACUGAGAGAGAUGGAACAAGAAGAAGUUCAUAUUCAUGGCAUCUCCUACAAUGCAAUGUGUAAAAUCUUGAACUUCAUUUACACUUCUGAGCUGGAACUCAGUGUGAACAGUGUACAGGAAACCUUAGCUGCAGCCUGUCAGCUUCAGAUUCCAGAAGUCAUUAAGUUCUGUUGUGAUUUUCUGAUGUCCUGGGUAGAUGAAGAGAACAUCCUUGAUGUAUACAGACUAGCCGACCACUAUGACUUGAGACAUUUGAGUGAUCAGCUGGACUCCUACAUUUUGAAGAACUUUGCAGCUUUCUCAAGGACACAAGUGUACCGACAGCUACCCUUGCAGAAGGUCUACUCCCUUCUCAGCAGCAACCGUUUGGAGGUUAACUAUGAGUUUGAAGUUUAUGAUGGGGCACUUUUUUACCAUUAUUCUCCAGAGCAACUGGAGACAGAUCAGGUCUCCCUGAUGGAGCCCCUUAAGCUACUUGAGACAGUUCGUUUUCCUCUGAUGGAACCCCAGAUCCUGCAAAGGCUUCAUGACAAAUUAAGUCCAUGUCCUUUAAAAGAUACAGUCGCGGAUGCAUUAAUGUACCACAAGAAUGAAUGUCUUCAGCCAAUGCUUCAGAGCUCCCAGACACAGCUGAGAUCAGAGUUCCAGUGUGUAGUGGGAUUUGGAGGGAUGCAUUCUACUCCAUCCAUUGUCCUCAGUGAUCAAGCCAAGUAUCUGAACCCCUUGUUGGGAGAGUGGAGGCACUUUACAGCUGCACUAGCCCCCAGAAUGUCCAACCAAGGGAUUGCUGUUCUCAAUAAUUUUGUGUAUUUAAUUGGCGGAGACAACAAUGUAAGUGGUUUUCGAGCAGAGUCAAGGUGUUGGAGGUAUGACCCACGACACAACAAAUGGUUCCAGAUCCAGUCCCUACAGCAAGAGCAUGCAGAUCUCAGUGUUUGUGUUGUGGACAACUAUAUAUAUGCCGUCGCAGGCCGAGAUUACCAUGAAGACCUGAGGGAAGUGGAGAGGUAUGAUCCUAAAAGCAACACUUGGGAAUAUGUGGCACCUCUGAAGAAGGAGGUAUAUGCACAUGCUGGAGCAGCACUGGAUGGGAAGAUGUAUAUUACUUGUGGGAGGAGAGGAGAAGACUACUUGAAGGAGCUACAAUGUUAUGACCCAAAGACUGACCGUUGGGAUGUUUUAGCGGAUGGUCCAGUGAGACGUGCUUGGCACGGGAUGGCUGCACUGCUAGGAAAGCUCUAUGUAAUUGGAGGAAGCAACAAUGAUUCUGGCUACAGAAGGGAUGUUCACCAGGUUGCCUGCUAUAGGCCCAGCACUGAUCAGUGGACAAAUGUAUGUCCACUUCCUGCAGGACAUGGAGAGCCAGGUAUUGCAGUCUUAGACAACAGGAUCUAUGUCUUGGGAGGCAGAUCCCACAACAGAGGAAUCCGCAUGGACUAUGUCCACAUUUACGAUGCAGAGAGAGACUGUUGGGAGGAAGGACCCCAGCUGGAGGAUGAUAUUUCUGGGAUGGCUGCCUGCGUCCUCACUUUGCCCAGGGCUAUUUUAAUGGAAACAGAGAAAUGGUUCUCAGAAUGGCACGCAGACCGUGUGAAGUAUCACCUUGACUUUCCAUCAGAAGUUAUGAGCGUAUCAGACUGGGAGGAAUUUGAUAAUUCAAGCGAAGAUUAGAAAACUUUAAUAUUUAUUUUUUGCCAGUGGAUGAGGAAAUUAAGGCUUGGAGAAAAUAGUAGAGAUUUUAUAUGACUUUCUUAUAUACAUAAAUCAGUAUUUAAAGGUUUGAAAAAUAAGUGUUCUGCACACAAUGCCAUUCACAGUCAAUAUCUGCCCAUCUGCAAGUGUUCUGCACAAAAUGCCACUUACAGUCAGUAUCUGCCCACCUGCCAGAAAGCAGCAUUCUUAAAGUAACUACAGAACUGCCAUUUUCCCCCAGUUAA